GACAGGGAGUCUUCUGAGUGCAUUGGAGGCAACCAACAAAUCCAUCCAGGGAAAGGAGAACCAAAAUGGGCAGCAGCUGAAGCCAUCAUCUGAGCUCCACUGGGGAGCCCAGAGGGGAAAAGAGACAGCCAUGUUCACAGACUCAAGGACAAGAGGAAGCAGGAAGGCUGGAAAGGGAGGGCAACAGGCCAUGUUGAUAGGAAGGGAGUGUGUGUGUGAGUGUGUGUGAGUGUGUAUGUUUGUCUGUGAGUGUGUGAAUAUGUUUGUGAAUAUGUGUGUUGGAAUAACUGUGGGAGAUUGUGUGUGACUGUAUGUGUGUGAGUGUGUGUGUGUGUGUGUGAAUGUGUGUGAGAGUGUGUGCGUGUGUGUGCGUGUUUGUGAGUGUGUGUGAACAUUUCUGAGUGUGUAUGAAUAUGUCUGUGAGUGUACAUGUGAAUGUGUGUGAAUUUGUGUGAAUACAUGUUUGAGUGUGUAUGUGAAUGUUGUGUGUGUGAAUGUGUGUUUGUGAGUGUGUGUGAAUGUGAGUGUGUGUAUGAGUUUGUUGUGUGUAAAUGUGUUUGUGAAUGUGUGUGUUCAUCUGACUGUGUAUGAGGUGUGUCUGUGCAUGUUCCUGCAUGUGCUUGUACGAUUGUGCAUGCACUUCUAUAAGCAGAAGAAGUCUAAGACAGCUGUAGAUGAAUGGCUCUUAGUGUUAAGAGACCUCAGAGGGGAAUAUUGGGGUAGUUGGCUGUUCUGGGCAACUUAGAGAUCAGGACAAUGAUGAAAACAUCUUCCCAUUUCUCAGAAGACAAUACUGGCAUGGGGUCCGCACAGUAACAGUGCUCCUGAGAGGUUGGAGAGAAGUCAGGCUAACAAGGGAAGAAGUUGCAGCAGGAAGGAAAUAACAAGAAGCUGACAGGCUGCUGCUGGUGUGCAAGGCUGUUACUUCCCCAGUGCAGGGGGAACCUGUCAGAAGCCAGGUAGGACCCGCUGUGGGACUAGCACGAGGCUGUUUGGGCCAUUUAUGUAUUUAGAACACAGAUCCCUGAGCAGUCGGGCUUGGCAGUGUGAGCUAACCCUAACCCCAAGCCACUAGGGGUGGACAGAGACCCCUGGUCUGCGUGGGAAACUGUGUGGUGCUUGCAGGCCCAAGCCUCCUGCUUUAAAGACAACACUGCAUUCCAGACCACCUGAGGGCCAUCACAAUGGAGUUGGCUGUGGAGGUGGGAAGGAGCAAAGCAACUGCCCUCACCCUGAAGGUUUCCACUCUGAUUACAGUAUGACCCCCAGGGCCAGGGUUCAGAUCCAAGGAAGGAGUCAGGACAAAGUCCCAAGUUCUGAGGAGUGGCUCUCAGGGUCUGAGGGCUUAGCUGGGGCUUGGGUUGCUUUCACUUUUGCUCUUGCCUUCAUUGUGUACAUUGUCAAGUACACAGUACCUGAAACGGCCACUGGGAAGAGGUUCCUAGAAGACACGAUAAAAGUAGCUGUGAUUGCAAGUUACAAAUCCCAGGAUUUGUAUCACUGCACUUGGAUCCCCCUACGUGAGAAUGGGGAGUCUUGUGCAUUGCACUCUACUGCUGCUAUGGCUUGCGGCCGCCCUGGCCGCAACCCAUAACCGCGCAGGCUCACACUCGCUGCGUUAUUUCGCCACUGCCAUUUCCCGGCCCGGCCUCGGGGAGCCACGGUUCACCGCUGUGGGCUACGUGGACGACACGCAGUUUAUGCGCUUCGACAGCGACGCGGAGAAUCCGAGAGCGGAGCCGAGCGCGCUGUGGGUGGAACGAAUGGAGCCGGAGUUUUGGAAGAAGGAGACUCGGAUAUUCAAGAGGCACACCCAGAAUUUCCGAACUUGCCUUCAGAACCUGCUGCGCAAGUACAACCAGAGUCAAGAUGGUUCCCACACUAUCCAGGAUAUGCACGGGUGCUAUGUGGGACCUGAUGGUCGCUUCCAAAGCGGGCACUAUCAACACGCCUAUGAUGGCCAUGAUUACAUCACCCUCAACGAGGACCUGAGCUCCUGGACCGCAGCAGAUGCAGUGGCUCAGAUCACUCAACACGAGUGGGAGCAGGAUGGUGUAGCUGAGGAAUACAAGGCCUACCUGGAGGGCACGUGCGUGGAAACACUCCACAGAUUACUGGAGAACUGGGAGGAAACUUGGCAACACUUAGAACCCCCAAAGACACAUGUGACCCACCACCCCAGUCCUGAAGGUGAUGUCACCCUGAGGUGCUGGGCCCUGGGCUUCUACCCUGCUGAUAUCACCCUGACCUGGCAGUUGAAUGGGGAGGACCUGACCCAGGACAUGGAGCUUGUGGAGACCAGGCCUGCAGGGGAUGGGACCUUCCAGAAGUGGGCAGCUGUGGUGGUGCCUUCUGGAGAGGAGAAGAAAUACACAUGCCAUGUGGAGCAUGAGGGGCUGCCUGAGCCUCUCACCCUGAGAUGGGAGGCUCCUCCAUCCACUGUCUCCAACACAGCCAUGAUUGCUGUCCUGGUUGUCCUUGGAGCUGUGACCAUCAUAGGAGCUGUGGUGGCUGUUGUGAGGAAGAGGAGGAGAAACACAGGUGGAAAAGGAGGGGACUAUGCUCCAGCUCAAAGCAGCAACAGUGUCCACAGCUGUGACUCCUCUCUGGAGGCUUGAAAAGCCCUCCUUCCUGGUCCAGCAGACAUGAUGGGAAAUCUACAUCCUGUCAGUUUCAUGCUGCCCUGAGCUGCAGCCUUUCACUUCCACACCAAACAUAGAAAUCUGAAUGUGGAUUCGAUUGUGCAAAUCUUUGACCCGAGGGGUUGAUUAAUGGGUAAAUUAAGGGAUUGAGAAUAUUCUGAAUUUUGCGGAGAAAAUAAAUGGCAGUGUGGAGAACCUUCCAGAACCUGUGUCUCCUGUGCUGUCAGGUGGGACACGGGGAGGCUGUGGUCAUGCCCAUCUGGCGCCCACCUCAUGAGUCCUUUGGUGUGGUCUGGUCACCCCUCAGCUCUGUCCUCCUGAGAUCUUUUCUCUUUGUCACUUGGUGGAACGAGGGCCAGACAGACUGUUUGGAGGAGACAGGGGGACGACCUUAGCCUUGUUCUGUCCCCAGCAUUAUAAGCAUCUGCAGCAAGUCAGCCUUGGCUCAGUUCGAGCUCUGGUUCUGCACCCUUCUUCUGUGUUUAUUUCUGUGUCUUUUGACUUUGUAUGGAGGAAGAGGCCUGUUCCGGUUCCUGUGAGUGGUACCCGUCUCAUUCUCCUUUAGGGACUCUGACUCAUGGCAUUAAGUGUUUUUCCGUCCUUGUCCCUUCAAGGCCCAACUAGGUUCCUGCACUGGGCUGAGAACAUGAACUUCUUCCAAGGAGCACAUGUUCCCCAUCCAGGGUCUUUGCCUUGAGAUUCUUCCCUCCCUCCACCCAACCUUCCAGAGUCUAACUCCUGUCUGUAGGACCAACAGAAAGCAGCAGGGUCUCUACGAGAAUCCAGUCCUGUGGGGACUGUGUUCUGCUCUGCCUCACUUUGUAACAUGCUAUUCACCCUCACUCAGAAAACAUGCAUCAGGUUCACAAGUUCCUGAGCUCAAGUUUCUGGUGGGGGGGAGCAACUCAAUGGGAGCAAAGGUGACUGUUUUGGGUUCUCACACCAGCACUUGCUAAACGCAUUCCAGCUUUGACACUCCCCAGUGGGGCUCUCCAAUGGAAGGGCUUGCUGGAUGUAGAAGGCUCAGCUGCUGUCAGUCAGGAGCUAAGUGGUGCAAGGACUGUAUGAUGUAAGGAAAUAUACUUCCACACACUAAUGCCGCCUCUCUCUCUCUCUCUCUCUCUCUCUCUCUCUCUCUCUCUCCUCUCCCCCUUCCUCUCUCUCCCCCUCUCCUCUUCUCUCUCUCUCUCUCUCUCUCUCUCUCUCUCUCUCUCUCCUCUCCCCCUUCCUCUCUCUCCCCCUCUCCUCUUCUCUCUCUCUCUCUCUCUCUCUCUCUUUGUCUCUCUCUCUCUAACAGAGUUUCUCUUGGUGAAAAGCACUCCAGGGCUUGACUUUCAUACAAAAUUUCACUGGAAAAUACAGAUGUCUCUUCUGCGCGUGAAAACGGGGGUACGGACGUCAAAGCUGCCUCCCGUUAUUUACUGGUCGUUUGGCGGUGGCUUCCUUUGGUUUGUCUUGGUUUGCUUUUGAGGCAGGGUCUCUCUCUGUAGCUCUGACUGUCCUGGAGGUCACUCUGUGGACAAUGUCAAGGCACCUGUCUCUGCCUUCCGAGUGUUGGGGUUAAAGGCAUGAGCCACUAUACCUGCCUAGUAAGUAUCUCAUUUUAAUUGUCCUGUGGGGACAGCAGUGACUGCAGUGAGGUCUCUGCCACUUAUGUUGUUGGUGAAGUACGUGAUCCCACUUUGUGUAACCUAGGGGUCUUGUUUAUGAGGAGCCCCACACAGUUGGCUCUCAGCAUCAGUUAUAUAUGUAUGUAUGCAUGCAUGUAUGUAUGUAUGUAUGUAUGCAUGCAUGCACUUACUCAAUGUAAAAUUAUCUAUUUAUUUAAUGUAUGUGGGUAUUUUGACCCCAUGUGUAUCUGUGCACUACCUUUCUGCCUAGUGUCUGGAGAGGGAGGAGGAUCCUCUGGAACUGGAGUUACAGUUGUGAGCUGUUGUGUAGGUGCUGGGAUGUAACCCCAGGCCUCUGGCAGAGCAGCUGGAGCUCCUACCCACGAUCCCACCCCUCAGCCCCUUCAGCAUCAGUUCUUUACACACCUAAUGACAAGGCUGUCAUCAGCAUCCCUGUGAAUUCUGCUCUGUCCGCAGGAAACCUACAACUGUGUUCUCAGGCUGUCACAAGAGCUCUGGUGAACAGCCUUCUAAACAAACUUUACACGCUAUAAUGUGAUUUUUUUUUAAACAUCAGUAUUUUAACCACGAUUUCAUUAUAAAAUGGACAUUGUCCUUAAAUAAACUUUGAUUUUUUAAAAUA